AUGUCUAGUACAACAAGCUGCAACGAGCACGAAAUGGAUCAAAUCGACGGCACAAAUCCUCUAAACGAUUGGAACGCAAUCGGAGUAAGUUGCGAAUACGAGGACAUAAAUAAGUGCUUCGAAAACAUCCUGGUUCAGCUCAGCGAGGUACUAACUGACCAGAUACGCAAUUUCUCAAGCGCUAAGCGCGGAAUCAUUCUGGGAACCGUACGGGAAACAGUACGGAAUGCUCUAGUCAAGGUCAAAAAUCAUCUAGAAGGAAGGGAGCAGUCAACAAGCUCCUCGUUUUUCGAUGAGGUCCAAAUGUCAGUAGAGGAGUUGCGCGAAUUUUUGCCUACUGUCAGCUCGCACAGCCGUACCCUCUGCCAGAUCGCAGCAAGACUCGGCUGCGAGCUGAACCAGGCGCAAGUUACUCAAAUGGCGGGUCCGUCAAUGUCGGAGGCCCGAAGCGCAGAUGUUGCCACCGCAGGUGAGGAAGUUAAUGACUGGAACAAUAUUCGCAGCCAUUACACAUCACUCAAACACGGAGAAAAUUCUGUUCAGAGACGGAACGGACUCCACCACAAGAGCGAUGGACCUCACUGCGUCCCAACAGCAGCAUCGCAAAAGUCGUCACGGCAGUGCUCGCCGGUGUCUUCCCGAGAAUCGACGAGUGAUAUAGUCAAGCAAGGGACCUUCAACGGUGUCGUUGAAGCGCUCAAGGCAGCGCGUAAAAAUCCCUGUGAUCGACUGAGGGAUAUCAAAGAAUGGGAGAGUCUCUCCAAGAAAAACGGCGAAUCUGUCGUAGAUUUUUGUUGCCGCAUGGAAGAUCUGUCUCGAAAAAUACACCCGAGCAGCGAGUGGGAUUUUAUAAGAGGGUCCAAGUUGUACUCCUGUUUUCAACACUGGCAAAAUUCAUAUUACAUGAUGGCGGCAUUGGAUGCGCCAGAGGGACGAGUCUACGAAGAGGUGAAGAGAGUUGCCAUGCGGCUGGAAAAGCUGCAAUUCGAUAGCAACACCCAGUUGCGUUUCCAGAAAAGGGGGUUUGAUCGACAAGGUAGCGACCCUCAAAAGACUCCCUCUUUUAAUACGACCAGUGAACAAGCAGGAACCCUAGCCAAGUCCAUACCCAAAUGCAACUUUUGUGGAAAAAGGGGACAUCUGGCAGCGGACUGCAGAAAAAGGGAGAAACCCUCGAACCACAAGUAUCGUGAGAACGGUCACAACCGCAACUAUAGCGAUACGCGAAACAACGCAGCUGGAGGUAGCUCGCUUGUAACGGAGUUAGACAGGUGGUGUAAAACUGUCCAAAGAAAAGGGGAAGACCCAAAACUCCAGUCAGGCGCUGUAGGUAAACCAAGCACUUGUGAAGUGGAAAUUUUCGGUAUUACAGCAAAAGCGCUCGUAGACACAGGCUCUGUGAUUUCGAUUAUCCCUGUUGGGCUCCUCAAGAGAGUGCGCGAACAAGGCGUUGAUCUUGAUGCUAAGGCACACAUCGUAGGCGAUGGGAAACAACGUAGACUUUUCGAUGCGUCGGGGAAUGCGAUGAGCUUCCUUUCGGAAAUAACAGCAGAAGUAAUGGUCAUAGGAGCUAGCACGGCCUGCGUGCAUAUGCACGUGCAGCAAAGUAACGACGAUAACGUGUUUACUACAGCCACUAACUACUUCAAGAAUAGUUUGAGGGGAUUUCUCUGA